ACAUGUUUAUGUGGAAGACAUUAGCGACUUCAAUAUCCCCACGCACCCUCACUGCACACCACAACGUCGAUUCUAUGGCACAGUCUCAUUUGGAUCACGGCCUUUACUCCAUAGCCACUAUUUCAUGCUCUUUGCCUUUUUAAAUAUUGCUCUUUCAUUGCAAUCAACUUUUAGUUUUUCUUGGGCAAAACCUUUUCAAUGUCUAUCUUAAAACAACAUAGGUGCCCGUCGAGGUCUCUAACUCGUAUUCCUACUAGCCCACGGCUGCACCUUGUUGCACGUUUGACAUGUUCGGCAACUACCACCACAACCAAGCCUAAGUCCAGUCAGAACCAGUUGGUUAUCGAGCCACGGCUUGAGACAAAACCAGACUCUAUCACUCCCAUUAUCCCUAGUGUUGGCCCUCCCUUGUCCAAUGAUCCAAGUUUACAAUCAACAUGGUCUCACCGAGCAUGGGUGGCCAGUGGUUGCACCACGCUUUUCUUUUCCCUAGCCAAGACUGUAACGGGUGCAGCUGAUACACACAUGUGGUUCGAACCUAUAGUAGCAGGCUAUGUUGGGUAUGUUUUAGCUGACCUUUUGUCUGGGGUUUACCAUUGGGGCAUCGACAAUUAUGGUGAUGCAACGACUCCGAUUUUUGGUUCACAAAUUGAAGGAUUCCAGGGGCACCACAAAUGGCCCUGGACUAUCACCAGGCGCCAGUUUGCUAACAACUUACAUGCAUUGGCUCGUAGCAUAACUCUCACAGUGCUUCCUAUAGAAAUUCUUUGCAAUGACCCUGUUAUUCAAGGAUUUGUCACCGUUUGUGCUGGUUGCAUCAUGUUCAGCCAACAAUUUCAUGCCUGGUCUCAUGGCACCAAGAGCAAGCUCCCACCACUGGUGGUGGCACUACAAGAUGCCGGCGUACUAGUCUCUCGGUCUCAACAUUCGGCUCACCAUAGGCCUCCAUAUAAUAGCAACUACUGCAUCGUGAGCGGAGUCUGCAAUGAGUUUCUAGACAAAAACAAGGUUUUUGAGGCACUAGAGAUGAUUAUAUUUUUCAAGCUUGAGGUGAGACCCAGGUCUUGGAGUGAGCCUGGUGCUGAAUGGAUAGAAGAGAUGGAUGAAGCUCAAUCUCAAGUUACAGUUCAUUGAAUUUUUUCCCACUUCUGUAACAUGAAAACUAUAAGCAAACAUUCAAAUGACAUAUUUCAAUGAUUUAUUUUUGUGGAGUUCAAGCUUUGAUGUAUGUAUAAUAAUGGGCUUCAGCUGCAAGAACAUAGUGUUAUUAAUAAACACUUGGAAGACAUAAUAA